CAGCCGACUAGCAGAUAGCACUGGUGGCAGGAUAGUUACGUAAUUCGACGGGCAGUGUUUGAACAUUUUUAAUGCAAUAUUAUAUUGUAAGGUUGAGAAAAUUAUUUGAUAAGUGGCCGGGAAAACGAAUAUUCCGUGAGUAUCGAUUUCUGCCGAUAUUUUUCUUCUUGGGAGCGGCCUUGGAAUAUUCUAUGAUCAACUGGCAUGUGGGAGAGGUUAACUUCUACAAGACGUAUAAACGACGAAGGAUAGAGGAACUAGUGGAGGAGAGACUACAUCAGGAGGCAUAA